AUGGGUAUCCCCCACAGCGGUGACACCACUCUGGGGAUAGCCUCACCGGCAUCACCCCCCACCACAGCCAGCAUUGCUGCUCGGCCAAGCACAGCUGCAUCAGACUACAGCUAUCGCACUGCUGAGCCCACCACGGACGUGGGCAUGGACUUGAACAGGGACACGGCUUCUCCCACCAUGGGGAACGGGGCUGCGGGGCUGCCCCUGGGGUUGUCCACUCCUAUGGCUGGGGUGGCUGAGCCAGGCACCAGUGAUGCCACCCCAUCAGCACACUCUGCCCCAGGCAGCAAAAGUUCCACGGCAGUGGCCAUCGUGGGCACGGUGUCACCCACAGCUCCGGAGCCGAUUAUAGCAUCUUCCCCUGGCCUCACUCACAGCACUGCUGAGCCAGAUGUCGGUGAGUCCCCUCCUGUCCCCAGGAACACCCAUCUGGUGGUGGUGGCACCCUCCGUCACCCCCAGCAUCACCGUCACUGGUCCAGCAGCGGGAGCAGGUGAUGCCAGUCUCCAGAGGGUCACAACACCCUCUCCUGUCCCCAGCAGUGCCUCCGCUCCACGCAGCCCCCGUGUCACCCUGAGGCCAUCCCCUGAAGCCACUGGUAGCAUCCGUGACCCAGCCUUGAGGGGUCUCAGCCCAGUCACUGAGGAUGAACCCACAGCCGGAGUCUCCUUGCUGGCUGUUGGCCACACACACGCAUGGGAGAGUACAGCUGCAUCCUGGUCAGGUGCUGGGGAUACCACCGCCAGGGCAGAUACCACCCACUCUGAGAGCAACGCCGAGGGUGCAGCAGCCCCAGCUGGCACCAAUAGCACCCAUGUGCCUAUCUCCAACACCACUGACACAAGCCAGGCCACCAUGUCAGCUGCCAGCAUGUUCCCCAGCAACACCAUGCUGCCAGCCACCUCAGCCAGAGGGGAUACCUUCAUGGUGACCAGGGCCGCCACAACCAUGCCAUCUGCCACGGCGAAGGCCACCAGCACCAGCAGUGCCCUGUCCCUUGCUGUAACGCACGACGAGGCAGGCAGAGGCGGGCAACCUGUCCUAUCCCUGGCAGCACGUACCCCCUUGGUGGAGACAACUGCCAGAUCCUGGGGCAUCCUUGGUCCCAGCCCCGCCAUCGUGGUGCCCGGUUCACCCCUCCCCAGCCCACAUAGACCAGCGGAGGAGCCAGCAACAGCCCCCUCAUCCCUUCUCAGUGUUGGUGCAACCGGGGAGCCAGCAGCCAGCCAGCCCCCUGCCGAGCCACCAACAGGCGCCACUUCUCCCAUGGCCAUCAGCAACCAUGCCAUGGGACAGGCAGUCAGCACGUCACCUCCCAGCUUCUGGACAUCUUUAGGGGCAUCUGCCUGGGGGGAGAAAACAGCCAUCACAGCAGGCAGCACCGUGGCCACCACUGCGGGGAGCACCACAGCCAUUGCUGUAGGCAGCACCAUGGCCAUCACUGCGGGGAGCACCAUGGCCAUCACUGCAGGCAGCACUACAGACAUCACUGCAGGCAGCACUACAGACAUCACUGCAGGCAGCACUACAGACAUCGCUGCAGGCAGCACUGCGGCCACCACUGCAGGCAGCACCGUGGGCAUCGCUUCAGGCAGCACCGUGGCUGUUGCACCCACAGCCCCAGUGAGCCCAGCCAAGGAGGCGGGAGGUCUCCCGGCCCCAGGCACCACUGCACCCGGGAGACCACCAGCCACCACCAGCCCUGCCACCACCCCGGCUCCUGCCUUUGGGACACAGAGGGGACCAGCCACAGCACCAAGCACAUCUGCCCACACCACCGCUGGCCACAGAAAUCCUGUCCCUGAACCUCAACCCACCCACAGGCUUAUCAUGCCAGCGGCCUCACUCUACCCCUUCGGCAUGGAGGGAGGGGACCAAGAGUGCAUCCAGAGGACGGUGGAUUUUAACUCCCCCCUGUUCAAGCCAGAGAUUGGGUUCCCCUUCGGGAAGUCGCUGCGGGAUGCUCUCUACUUUACAGAUAAUGGACAGAUUAUUUUCCCACCCACGGAUAACUACGUCCCCUCCAACCCCAACCCCCCUCCCCGGGGCUUCAGCGGCCAGGAGGGUUUGCCGAUGGUGGCUGCCUUUUGGGACGACGCAGAUUUCUCCCAGGGUGUCGGCACCACUUGGUACCAGGAGUACCCCACCCUCGGCUCUAUCCGAGACCCUCUUGUCCGUGACGUGGAAGUGAAGAUUGAGAAAUACCUGAAAACCCCCUACACAGCAAAAUGGACCUUGAAGGUGACAUGGGAGAAGGCUGCAGCGUACCCGUCCCGGCGGGACGACACUCAGACAAGCACCUACCAGGCAGUCCUCACCACCGAUGGGAACCGCUCCUUCGCCCUGCUGCUCUACCAGGAUGGUGGGAUGCGGUGGGACUACACCAAGCUGGCUGCAGGCAACGUGCUGAUCGGCUUCUCCAGUGGUGAUGGUUAUGCCCAAAAUAACGAGCUGACUCAAAAGCCACCAGCUGUCAAGUACCGACCCGACCAGCACAGCGACACCAGCACCGAUGUGCGUGGGCUGUGGCUAUACAGGCUGGACAGUCGCUCCCGGGUGAACUACAGGCUGCGGUGCCUGGCGUGGCUGGACGCAGAGCCAGCUCCGGCUGCCUGGAACAGCCAGUUGCCGCCAUGCCCCUGCUCCCAGCCCCAGGCAGAGCUGGACCCCCGCUACCGCAGGAGCAGAGGCCCUGUGGACACCUCUGUGAGGAUGCUGCGCACUGCAUCCCCCAGCCCGGCCGGAGCUGGGGUGCGGUGUCUGUACCAAGAUGGGAGCUUGCUCGAAGGCUGGCAGGAGAGAGUAUGGAGCUUCCCCCUCCGCCCCAGGGCUGACAGGGAGCUGGAGGCAUUCGACUGGUGCUGCCGGCGCGUGGAGAAGCCCCUGUUCUGUGCCAGGUUUGCUGAGAAGAGACCAAGGGUUGGCUGCGAGGGAUACAUGCCGCCCACCCCUGCUGGUGCCUUCGGGGACCCCCACAUCACCACACUGGAUGGACUCACCUACACCUUCAAUGGGCUCGGGGACUUUGUCCUGCUGCUGGCCAGCGACGCCCAGACCAGCUUCGUGCUGCACGGGCGCACAGCCCGGACUGGCACAGCCCAGGCCACCAACUUCGUGGCCUUCGCUGCGCAGUACAUCUCCGUCACCACCACAACAGUUGAGUGGACCUUGGGGAGCCAGGGUGACAUCCACAUUCUCCUGAACAAUGAAACCAUCCAGUUUUCCUAUUCUCAAGACAUGGGUGCCAAGGUGUACUACAGCCCCGGUGUCCUGCUGGUCAAUGCCUCCUCCAUCACAGCCGUCUUCGACGGGGCCAUCACCGUCUCCAUCUCAGCCGCCUCUGGGAUCCUCAGCGUGGUCUGCAGCCUGCCUGAUCAGUACCGCAACAGCACCAAGGGUCUCCUGGGUGUGUGGGACCAUGACCCUGCGGAUGACUUCCAGAUGCCGAACAGUACCAGCAUCCCUGUGAACAGCAGCGAGGAGGAGAUCUACAGCUACGGGAUGACCUGGGCUGUUGGAGAGCAUAGCCUAUUUUCUCAGCCUCUGGACGCAGCAGUAAUGAACUUCACUCCCAUCUUCUUGUCUCGGCUGCGGCAGGAGAAUGAAAGCCGGUACCAGCUGGCAGCCUCACAGUGCCGCGGCAGCAAGGAGUGCAUCUACGAUUCGCUGAGUACAGGGGACGUGGCCCUGGGCCUGGCCACCCAGAGCCUCGCAGCUGACUUCCAGCAGAAGAAGACAGUACUCAAUGCCUUCCCUCCCAUCAUCACCGGUGACACGUCGCUCAUGGCCUUCAGGACAGAAAGGGUCAGGAGGCAGUACCAUGCCAUGGGGGUGGGUGCACGCUUUGUCCCCCACCUCUCGCCAGAGCUCAACAUAUCAGAAAGCGGCACCCUGACAUGGGAGCCCCACGGGACGGCCCCACUCACCAUCAACCUGGAAGCUGUCGGGUCCAACAACCUCUCUGCCCUCCUCCAGCUCCGCUUCACCCUUUGCAGCUGCAGCAGGAGCCAGGAGUGCGACUACAGCAACACCGUCACCCUUGGGGGGUCCUCCCUGCAGCUGGCAGCCUGCAGGUGCGAGGGCGGCUACUCGGGUCCCUUCUGCCAGGACCCUCCGGACCUCUGCGCCCAGGGAUGCUUCCCCGGUGUGGGCUGCGACUCACAGGCUGGCUGCGGCCCCUGCCCAGCUGGCCUGACCGGCGACGGACGGCACUGCUCAGAUAUCGACGAGUGUGCGCAGGGGAUGGCGUGCCCAGGGAACACCACCUGCACCAACACGGUGGGCAGCUAUGUCUGCUCCUGCCCGGCCAGUGAGGAGGGCGAGGGUCCGGGCUGUGGCUCAGCCUGCAGGUCCCCCUCCUGCCCCGAGGGCUACUGCAGCAAUGGGGGACAUUGCCACCUGCACCCCAUCACCUGUGCCCCCACCUGUGCCUGUCCCCCAGCUUUCACCGACCAGCACUGCCUGGUGGCAGGGGAGGAUUUUCGGCCACUGCCCAGUGCAGAUCUCCCCUGGAGAAGCAUCCAGCUGCGGGUCAGGACACUGCAAAAUGCCACUGCUGGGGAAGUCAACAACACCGUCUCAGCCAUCCUGGGCUCCCUGGAGGUAAAGGCUUUCCAGAGCAACACCAACAUCACCCAGAUGACAGACAGCGAUGGCUUCACCUUCGCAGUGGUGUCCAAGUUCGCCUAUGACAGCCACGGCACCGUCAUCCGGUUCCUGAAUGAGGAGCUGCUGGGGGCCAUCACCAGCGCCUUCAACGGGCGGUGGGGGCAGCGGGAGGCUGGCGCACGCCUCCUCUUCCAGCGCCUGCAUCGGGACAACAUCACCGACCUGGUGAAGCUGACAGUGGCUGAACUGAGGCGCUAUUUCCCCUGCUAUCUGUACGGCUACAAAGGCUACCGGCUCCACUACACAGGGACUGUCGGCUUUGUCUGCAUCUCCCCUUGCAAGAUGGGCUACUGCCAGCAUGGUGGCCAGUGCCAGCACCUGCUUGAGGGGCCCACGUGCAGCUGCCUCCCCUUCUCCAUCUUCUCCCCCGCCGGCGCCCGGUGUGAGCGACUGGCCGUCAGCCUUGCCGCCUUCCUCGGCAUCUUGCUGGGAGCCCUGGCUCUGCUCUCCCUCCUUCUCACCACUGCCUGCCUGGCCUCGCGCCUCUGCCGCCGACACCAGCACUGGCACAGGGGGGCCAAGGAAACCUUCUGGAGGCCGCAACCCUUCUCUUCUCUGACAAUGGCAGGAGAGUGGACAGAGCCCACCUGCUCCCACUCCCCAGUAAGGCAGUGGGAACCGCAGCUCCAAGCCAUCGACCCCUCAGCCCAGAUAAGGAUCCAGAGACCCCACAUCAGGCCUCCGAUCCAGCCCCCCCAGCAGCCCUAG